AUGGGUUUCGGCGAUCUCUUUCGUUCGUCCAAGGGCCCCAAGCGUCCGUCAAGCUUCCGCAUGCCCACCGAUUGCGUUCCCUCGUCGUCGUCCGCCAGCCGUCCUCACACCUCGGCGUCGUCCAAGUUGGGCCGCAGGGGGGCGAUUAAGUCCGACCACUCGUCGUCUGGCCAUUGCGCUGGUCGCAUUCAGAAUACUCUGUGGGUCCGUCCCGGUACUGGUUACCGUCAAGUGCAGCCCGCGGAUAUGGCCAGUGGUAUUCCCCCUGCUCAUAUUCCGAUGCCCUCUUCCUCGUCUCACAGGCCCAGAGUUUCGCCCCGCGGUCCUCGUCAGCCGGAUCCGCUUUUGGCUGGCAAUGAGGCUUAUCCGGUCGACUUGAGCAGCGUAUCAGGCGGCUUCGGUGUUCCGUUUGCGUCUACCAAACCCGUCCCCGUUUCCCAUGUCCCUGUUCAUACUCCUACUUACGUCGAUUACCAUGCUCCUGCACCCACUCCUGCGUAUGUAUAUGGUCCUCUCCCUCCAGUACCUUUGUCGCGCUCCUCUGGUCAUCAUCCUCGGACAUCCACGGGCUCGUCCUCAUACGCGUCUUCCGGUUACCCCUCGUCGUCUUCUAGCUACUACUCUUCCUCUAACACGUCUUAUCCUCCUUCUAGCCACACCUCUUCGUCCCGUUCCCAGGCGUCGUCGUCCCACCGGCCUUCUCAUAAGCACCACUCCAAGCGCGAAGCCCAGUACGAACCCGAGCGCGACACCUACGAAGUUUCGCCUCUAGACGCAGCGUUCCCUCCGGAGGUUCAGCGAGUGCUGGAUCGAGGCUUCUCGUCGGCCGCAUCUCAUGGCGUCUCUCGGAACGUGUCACGGGUCAGCACGCGGGGUCCUUCGCGGAACCCGUCUACGGCGGCAUCGUCAUCGUCGCACAGUUUUGCGGCGCGCGCUGCGGAGGCGCAGUUUGCGUUUGACAUCGGCGGCUAUGGUCCGCACACCAACCACUUUGUGAGUCCUCGCUACCAGCCUUCCUACACCAGCAACUCCACGGGCGCCUAUUACAACGAACGUGGCCUAUUUUAA